GUCAUGUGACAAUACAAGCAACACCGGCACACGGACUAUUUGCGGUACAUCAAAGAUUCUAAUAGAUCUCUGAACUGAACUAUAUGUUAAGAUUUUAUGCCACAGAUUGUUACCAAAGAAGCCUUCGACAAGAUUUUAAAUUUGGAAUUAGCGAAACUACUACAAGUCGUUGGAUCCAUAAAAUUACUGAAAUUAUUGACAAUCACCUUGCCAACCAAUUCAUUAAUUUUUCAAAUAUAAGAGAUGAGAGACAAACUAAUAAAUUAACAUUUAUAGAGAGAUCCAAUUUUUCUUGUGUUAUAGGUAGGUCCUAUUGAUUGCACCCAUGUUGCCAUAUUAAAACCAAAACUGGAUGAACAUAACAAGUUUUUGUGAUUUUAUAUCAAUUCAAUCAUUAUUUUUCUAUGGGUAGCAGUGGUUUUAAACGACUUUUUUUUACUUUAAAGAAAUAAUAUGGGCAUAUAUUUAAAUAAAAACACACGGAGGCGAAAAAAAUUAACAUAAUAAAUAUAAAUUCUUAGUGUUUACCAAUAGAAAAGACAAUUGACGUUAGCAUCUGUCAAAUAUUAGGGAAAAUAACAAAUAUAUACCAAGAAACCUAAAUCAAAUCGAAUAAAACGAGUUUAGCCGACGAUUGAAAUUUAGAACAGAGAAAAACAAACCACCAAGAAGGGACAAAGCCGGGACCGAUUUUUCUUGCGCAUGUGCGAGCUUAUUUGGUAUACCUGUGUUAUUGCCGGUCCCCUCCCAGCCGUCGGUUAGUCCGGUAAUAUUCGACGCCUACUUUAGUCUAAUCAAGUGUUGUCUGAAUUUUUCUCUGUGUUUAUUUUUUGUGUGUGUUGUCAUUGUGCUCUUUAUUUUAUUAAAAACUUUUAUAAUAUGCCUUAUACCUGUGCUUUUCGUGGAUGUCAUUCAAAGACAGGGUGUGGUGUUUCUUUCUUUGCUUUUCCGCAGGAAGAAGAUCGGUAAGUUCAACUUUUCUUUUAAUUGUUUCCACUCAAAAUAAGUUGUUUCUUUUUUUGUUUUUCGUAAUUACAGGAAUUCAUUAUUUAUUUUUCAUUAAAUUCGUAAUUACAGUAAUAUGAGGUAUUUAUCUAUGCAGUAAUUUAAAAAAAAUACAUAAAUUUAGCUUUUGAAUUAAACGUGUAAUUUUAUGACUUUCAAUGCCAAGUUAUGGCUGGCAGCUUGCUAUAGAACAGACUUGUUUUCGAUACCUAGAGAACAACUAACCAGGAACUAUAAGCUCUGUGAGUACCAUUUUGAUGAGAAGUUUUAUAGUGCAGGGCCCUCAAGAAAGCGUUUGUUACCUAACGCGUUACCAACAUUAUUUCCUAAUCCCACAAAAAGGACUUGUGAAGGUGAACAGCUUGAGGAAGGACCGCCAAAAAAAGUCUCAAAGGAAAAGGACAUACAAAUUCUAUCAGAUAUUUUAAUACAGCCUGCAAUUAUGAAACCAGCAACGUUGGCCCAGCAAAGUAUUGCCGAAAAAAAUUCUCCUUAUGACAGAACUAAGACGCCUGAAAAACACCCAUUAUUGGAUAUUUUUUCUGGCCCAAGCACUUCACAAUAUUCAGUGUGCGAGCCCCUCGGCAACCUCCUAUCUAUCGAAAUAGAUAAACCGUCCGAGAAUUCUCCACCAGGCCUUCUUUCUCCGUCAGCUUCUACUCAGACUUCUUCUCAGCUGAGUAGUAACACUCCCCGAAAGCGAAAACUUCGACUGCAAAUUAAAAAAAUGAGAAAGUUUGGUGUAACUGCUAAAGCACGCCAAAAAGAAGAUCCUGAUGUAAGAGAUUUUAACAGGUUAUGUGACAAAUUUCUAAGUAAACCUUUGGCAUGUGUUAUUAAAACUCAUGUGGCACUAAAGGGCAAGAGACGCAAAUCUCAUAGAUUUUCUAUGGAAUUAAAACAAUUUGCCUUAACAUUGCAUUUUUUAAGCCCCAAGGCAUAUAAAUUCAUAGGUAGUUUGCUUACUUUACCAACAAAAAGAAGUUUGCAUAGAAUUACAGAAAAUAUUUCUUGCCAGCCUGGUAUUAAUAAUGCAGUUUUAUAUAAAGCUCUUCAAAUCAAACUUAACACCCUGCUUGAGCAAGACAAGCAUUGCAUUUUGUGCAUUGAUUAAAUAUCUUUAAAGGCUAAUAUUGCUUUUAACGUUAUACAAGAUAGAAUUGUGGGAUUUGCAGAUCUUGGUGAACAAACCGAAGAACCAUUUAUUUGUAAAAAUGUGUUAGUUAUUAUGGCUAGAGGAUUAUAUUCUUCCUGUAAGCAACCUUUAGCGUAUUUUUUAGUAGGUUCACAAUUAAAAGCCUCCAAAUUAAAAACUAUUAUGGGGGAGCUUAUUCCUAAAUUACUGGAAAUUGGACUUAAAAUAGAAGGUAUUGCUAGUGAUAUGGGGUCAAAUUUUAUUGAACUUUCUAAAUUGUAAGGUGUGACACAUUAAAACCCA